CUAACGUUGCCUGGUAACGUUCCUCGAGCGCUCUGCGAUUAAUUUGUAGGCCACGCCCACUUUAACGACCGCAACAGUUAAAGCUCGGGUUUGUGCGCUUGUAGUAUAGCUUCUCAAGUACGCUUGUAGUGUAGCUUCUGAAGUAUGCUUGUUAGGAAAGCGUCUAGUGGAAAACACCCCGGGCGCAACGCGACGCCGAUGAGAGCUGCGCCGUGCUACAGUUUUCAAAGGCAUGGGGCUAAACGCAGCGCUCGCCAGCUUUCGAAGUUAAAAGCAUACGGAUGCAACAAAGACAGUUCCAGAGCUAUAAAGGCAGGUGGAAGAUGUCUGAAUGGCCAGUCGUUGAUUUCAGGAUGCAGGAGAGGUCAUGCUGAGCAGGGCAUGUCGACUCCCAGUGCCUCCAAGGACUUCAGCCAGGACUCCACAAGUCUCACGAUGCCCUCUGGUGUUUCCAGCUUCUUGCUGGAUUGCUUGGAUGUAGAUUCUCCAGCUUCAAACACGGACUCCACGCUUUCAUCCAUCGAGGAGUUUCGCAAAACUGACAAUUAUGAUGAGGGGACAGCCUUACUUGAUGAAGAUGGGAUGAUGAACACCGUGAAAAACUCAACUCUUCUAGAUCACAGCCAUGCGCAGGAGUUAGCGCUGCAGCAGCCUCCAAAUCUCUCCUCCAUUCUCGAACUAUCAUUAAACCCUGCUGAAGAGAAAUCGUUUUCUUUGUCACCUAUUUGCCUCUCUCCUUUACGUGUGCCCUCUGAAACCUUGGCAUCAGAUAUUGCAUCAGGAUGUGUGUUCAAAUCAGCUAAUGAGAGAACACCUGUGAAUACUAGGGUUGUAGUUCUUUCCCCUGUUGUGAAAAAGUGUUUUGCAGAACAGGAAAAGCCAAUAAAAUGCAGAAAAGUGACGUUCAGCGAUAUUGUGAGCAUUCGGAAUGUAUCGAGCCAUAAACGUGGUAAAACAGACCAGCAGGACUCUGGAGUAAAGCCGGUUCACGCAAGCGGAAGCGUGUCGGUGGAACCCAGAGACAUUUCCUCAUGGCCUGUGACGGUUUUUGACUUUGCAAAUGAGCGUGAGAGAGAAGCCUUUUUCCAGAGACUGAAACAAACACGCUCCUUUAAGUUUCCUGCCAAACCGAUAACCUCUGUCUGAGGACUUCAGUCUUGCUCACAAGAUUACUGGAUCAUCGCCUCUGACCAGCAGAGGGCAGUCAACACCUGCUUAAAGCUAAUACAAACAUUAGUGUGUGAGUUUAAUGGCCAUGCAGUGUUUCGAAGACCUCGAGAUGGAUGAACACGUGCGCACUGGAGCGAGACCGUUCAAAGAGCUGAAUCGAGAAGAACUUACCUGAUGAUUUUAAUGCACAGUCAGCAAAAUGAGAAAGCAACAAUGCCUUGCAGUGAUUGUGGAAUAGAUGUGUACAUGCCAAAUAUAGGUUUUAAAUGGAAAGAGAGCUUUACAAAUUAAAUUAUUUAAAUGAGAUGUUUAGGUAAAAGAUGUAUGCGUACUAAAAGACGAAUAAAGAACAUUCUUAUUGUG